ACUUAUGCUUGACCCGGUGUGGGAUGUGGAGUGUCGCCGGGGAGUGAGUGUCGUGUGGUGGGAGGCAGUCAGCGGGAACAGUCGAGUGUGCGGCGUGCACAUGACAGACUCGUAGUGAAGCAGUGAACUUGAACCGGGAAGCACUUCAUUACUCAGGACAUUACGAUUCUGUCACAGGACAUCCCACCCACACCACUCGCCGCAAAAGGACUUAAGCCGGGGAAGGAUUGUUUAAUUACAAGCUUGCGUGUGUUUGUGUGUGCAUUGGGUCAGCUCACGUCCAUAACUCCCUUGCACCGAUACGCUACGUCACGCUUCACCUCAGGGAUAGCACAGCAGCACACACGCAGCCUUGGCCUUGCCUCGCGCACCUCGCCUUCCCCUCCAGUACGCCUGAAUCCCGCUGACGUCAACACGGACCCUGCAGCACAGCGCCAACCUAGUAAGAGACGGUGGUUCAUGUGAGGCUGUUUUGGUGGAGGUCAUCGGACACCCACGUGACACCCGACCCCCGGAGUACCUGGCAGGGCACGCGACACUCACCAGGACGCCAGCACGCCACACACCAGGCCAGUGCCGCGAGGAGCUGAGUAACCAAGGACACUGGGAAGGACUAACAUGGAAGUGGACACCCUCACCCUUGUCACCAUCAAGAAUGUCGCCAGCAUGAUUACCGCGUGUCUUGUGUCAUGUGGACGUCUGCUCUAACCUGCCCCUCACUCACCCCCGCAUGCUGCUGCUGACUGUCUCCCGUGCUCAGUCAGGCUCCAGCGACAACACAACACACACACACACACACACACACGCACACUUGUAGUCCCACCAGUGUGCUGUGGUGAAGGGGGCGUGAAAAGCGAUCACCCUCAUUAGCGCGGUGUUGUAUUCAGACAUUUGUGUGCGAAACAGGAGACCAGCAAGAACGGACGGGGACUUUAACUAGAAGAACGCACACACACACACACACACACACACACACACACGUUCAGAGAGGUGAGCAAGAAGUGUGGCCGCGACUCAAGGUUCAGAAUGGAGCAUGCGUAUGAGCUGAGGCAGUUCUGUGGCGGGGAGCUGAGACCCCUCGACCGAUACUACCAGACCCACGAGAGGGACUGGGACGGCGGCAUCGACAAUGACGGGUUGGACAUCAGUCAGCUUGAAAGUUACAUCAAUGACGACAACAAUGAUACGAUGUACUUCGCAGACCUACAGGGCGGAGGGGUGGGAGGCGACAUCAAGCCUCUGGGGAGCGGCACUCCUCGAGAUUCCCCGUCCCGCCACCACCACCACCACCACCAUCACCUCCACCACCACCACACCCACUCCCAGCACGCCGCCCUGACUCACCACCACCCAGACCUGGUCCACGCUGGGUCGUAUGGCGCUGGUGAAGGAGGCGGCGGCGGCGGCAGCGAUGAGCGUGGUCCUCUGUCUGGCCAUGAGGACGUGAGGAGCAGGCACGCAGGGGUCGGGUGUUCCCUUCCUAUAGGCUGCCACAACCCCUACCACAGCUAUGACUCCUACACGGGGUAUCGGCACCACCUGCCGGACAGUCCGCCAGACUCAGGUUCGGAGCCGCCAUACUCCCCUUCUGAUCACCCAAACCUCUCCCCGCAGCAAAAGGUGGUUGGAGACAUCUACUCUCGGCCUCCUGGUGGUGGCAGCAGUGGUGGCGUGGUGACCUUCCCCUACCAAGUGAUGGCAGGCCACCCACCUUUGCCGCAACAGACCAGUCCGGUGCAUGGUGGUCUGCAGCCCGGCGCGCCGCUUGCCUAUCAGGCCCAGACCCAGCAGCAGCAGCAGCAGCACAGUGUAAUGAUGGGUGGAGGCUCACCCCUGGGAGGAUCCUCUGUGGGUGCACCGGGCAGCCUUGGGGGUACACCUGUGUAUGGGUCUCAAGGUAUGCUGGGUCAGGGGGCGCCCCUUGGGGAAGGCCCCAUCACCCUGGGUGCCGCUAAGAAGAGGAAGUUGACGGACGGUGGUGGUGGCAUGGUGGAUAUCAAACAGGAACCUGAUCAGGGUUCGCAGCUGGGCGUCAGUACCCUGAAGCCGUGCCCUGAGGAAGACGAGUACACCAUGGACUCAACAGGGGGCGGCGGACCCUUCCUGGACGGCGCCUACCAGUGUAUCAGAUUCCAGAACUUCCAGCAACACACGUGGUGCAGCCUGUGUGACGCCAACCUGAAGGAACUGCCGCUGCCCACCUUCCGCGUGGACGCUGACAAAGGCUUCAACUUCUCCAAUCCUGAUGAAGCCUUUGUGUGCCAGAAAAAGAACCACUUCCAGGUCACAGUUCACGUGCAGGCCAGCGGAGACCCAACCUUCGUCCGGAGCCCUGAUGGCCUGAAGAAGGUGGACCGCUUCCUGGUGCACUUCUUCGGUGUCAAGACUGAAUCCCCGUCACAGAUCAUCCGAGUGGAACAGAGCCAGAGUGACCGGAGCAAAAAAGCCUUCCACCCUGUGCAAGUUGACCUGAAGAGUGAGCAGACAAAUAAGAUCACAGUAGGGCGCCUUCACUUCUCUGAGACCACCAGCAACAACAUGAGGAAGAAGGGAAAGCCCAACCCAGACCAGCGCUAUUUCUACCUGGUGGUGGCCCUCAAGGCACACUGCGGUGACCAGGCGUACACCAUUGCAGCCCACGCCUCAGAGAAGAUCAUUGUCAGGGCCUCCAAUCCCGGCCAGUUUGAGAGUGAUGUGGAGUACACCUUUCAACGAGGCAGCUACCCUGAGUCCAUCUAUCACAUGGGGCGGGUGGGCAUCAACACUGACCGACCAGACGAGGCGCUGGUCAUCCACGGCAACCUGAAGGUCACUGGCCAGGUCAUGCAACCCUCAGACCGGCGGGCCAAGAAGGACAUCGCUGAGGUAGAUACAAAAGAACAGCUGAAGAAUGUCCAGAACCUGAGGGUGGUGAAAUAUGCCUACAGAGAAGAGUUUGCUGAACAUGCUGGCAUGAGGGCAGAGGAAGUCUAUGAUACAGGAGUCAUCGCUCAGGAGGUGAAGGAGGUGAUUCCAGAUGCUGUCAAGUCAACAGGAGACGUUACCUUAUACAAUGGGGAAAAGAUUGAAAACUUUCUUCUCGUCAACAAGGAACGAAUAUUCAUGGAAAACGUUGGCGCCGUGAAGGAACUGUGUAAAGUUACUGGCAACUUGGAAAACCGGAUUGGAGAAUUAGAGAUUAUGAACAAAAAAAUAUCACAACUAAGGAGAUUUGAAUCUUUCAAAUCAACAUCAUCAUCAGUUUCUACACGAACAUCAGCUACUUCCCGUGUGUCAUCUGUGUGCCACAGAAGCCGUAGCUGCUCCAAGCGUCACAAGCACAUGAACAGCAACCAUGAUGAUGGGAUCUGCAGCAAUAAAACACUGCAGGUCACCACCAUUGCCCUAGUCUGCAUCAUGGCAUUCUGUUUGAUGGCAAUGGCAACCAUCUACAUCCUUGAUUACCAAGACAGACGAAGUGAAAGCACAUCAAGUUCACCAGUUACCACACCUACCCCUAUUACCCUAUCCUCAUCAAUGUCCACCUCAACCCUGCAACCACUAACCACCAGACAAACCCUCACCUCAUUCACCUUCACCACCACUACCAAGCCUUUCAUCACCACCACUUCUGGCUCCUUCCAUCCCAGACCCCCAGUGCUUGGUAAACCAGAAAAUUGUCUCGAGCCAAGCCCCAGUGAAGACCCCAUCUGUGAUGUUUAUUGCUGCAGCCCCAGCAUUUGGACAGGAGUGGUGAGCCAGGUGCAUCCAAGCCCCAACACUGCAGGCACCACCAUCACCAUUUCACGCCGCAUUGUUCCUUAUGUGUCCACGACAGUGUCACCAACAGUGUCACAGUAUGGUGAAGUCAUCAACAACAAGCUCUCCACUAGUGACCCCAACACUGUCAAUGACUCCACCACCCCUGCCGCCAUCCGCUUCAAGCCCAUUCCCAGCAAGAAAUCAAGCUCUAUGGACCGCUUGGCACUCCUGGAACGGCACAGAGCUCGUAUGCACAGACCAUCAAACUCCCGCAGCAUCAAGCAGACUCUCAGCAAAAGAUCCAUCCACACCAAACGCUCCACGCAUUCUCAGUUACGCCUGCGGUCCACAUCAGAGCACAGAAUCACAGUCCCAAUGAUAGAAAUAGUCGAGUUAAACACGACCAUCAACCACAUGUACUGCCUCAAUUCUAUGGACUCUUCAGGAUGCCUGGGACCUAAUGCUAUGAACUACACUUAUGGCCUCCCCAUAUCAAGGUUUAUGCCCCACACCAACCUCACUCUUCAUUUUAGCUUCACAGUCCAGCAACCAAUAUUCUGUGCUAUCAAUAGCACUGGGCCCAGCUUGCAGCCUGAGAAGUGCUCAUCCAGCAUAGACAUUCCCUGGCCAGAGGUGAUUCAGUCACCAGGAACCACUCCUCAAGACCAUUAUGUUUCACUCACAAAUGUUGGCCUGUGGUGGCAAGUGGCUUACAAGUUCAGGAUAUCGUUAGUUGAAGGAGAUGUGGAUCCCUGCAACUAUGAACGAGCUGAAGUUGGUGUGAAGUUCUAUGAAAUCAACUUAGUAUUUCAGAGAAAAUGUAAUGAAUAAGUUUUUGCUGAUCAGUGUGAUAUUGUGUUUAAAAAAAAUCAUAAAAAUUUUCAUAUUUAUUCACAUACCAUAUUCUCACAUCCAUGACAUACAUUACUUACUGUAUUUAGGUCUGAAGGGGGACUCAUGCAAAGUUUUUUUUUUUUUUUUUUUUUCAUUAUAUUUUUUUUGGAAUACUUGUUUAUCACUUAUUUAAACUGAGAGUUUAAGAUUGAAUAGAGUUUAUAGUGGGCAAUUAUUGGUAGGUGUGAUUAGCUGAGGAACUUUGAAGCCUUGAAGGAUCUGAUUAAUAGUAAUAUGUUGCUACAUAUGUAUAUAUUUUUGUAAAUAAUGAGAUUUUAAUAUAAUGCUUAAAUAUAAGGUCAUUUAUGCCUACCUUUUAUUAGGAUUAUAUGGUAUAAAUGUCAAUUGCCAAAUGCAACAUAUUGACUCAGAGUUGAGGAAAUUAAGAUAAGGUAUAUGAUUUUAUAAACUUUAUACUCGUAGUACUUUAUUCUCAAUUUUUGAGGGUUUUUAUGGGAAGGGGAAGAGGUUUCAGAGAUAUACACCAUUUCCUUUUUUAGUGAGAUAUAUAUAUAUAUAUAUAUAUAUAUAUAUAUAUAUAUAUAUAUAUAUAUAUAUAUAUAUAUAUAUAUAUAUAUAUAUAUAUUGUGUGUGUGUGUGUGUGUGUGUGUGUGUGUGUGUGUGUUUGUAUAAAUAAAAUGACCAUUAUUCGGUUGGCUGGUGGGAGAAAUAAAGGUUCACGGAUCAAGGUAAGAGUGGGUAUAGUAGCAGAGUAGAACUUGUACUUAUAGAGCAGUCACACCAGAGCCCAUUCUUACUACAUCCCCACCAUGUCCUGGGAACUUUGCCUGGAUGUGGUGAGGACCAGAUGGACGCAGUGAGUACCAAAAGGGACACAGUGGUGGUGUAGUGUGGAUUGCAAGGAUGGCAAAGACGUGGACCAAUUUUGAUUCUGCUCAAAAUUUAUGUAGCGAGUGAAUGAUUUAGGACAGGACAGUGACUGUUAUGUGACGGAGUGGUGACGUACUGCUUACAGCCUUGAUGCAGUGAGGACCUUGUGACGGAGUGGUGACGUACUGCUUACAGCCUUGAUGCAGUGAGGAUCUUGUGACGGGAUGGUGACUUGGCAGGGACGGAAAUAAAUUGCUACAACGCAACCAUCCCAUGCGUUCCACGUUGACGAUGUUAACACUGGGUCACUAACAAGUCCCUGUCAAGACAGUGCUGGGUCAGUACUCGGCACAUUCAUGUGCUUGCUAUGCUGUAUUGGUCAGUACUACAUUGGCACCAGCUCGCCCAGAGGUUAGCACAGAGUCAAUAGUCGCUCACCAUGUCUGCCGAAAAAGGUAUAUAGAAGUGGGAACCUUCUGUUUCUCUCAGUUUGGUUCCUUACCAUAAACAGUCAAGAAAUCCUGUAGCAGACAGUCCUGUUCCAAGGACAACUAGCGAUGCUGGAUGCUGAUGCUGCUGCUGUUAUGCCGGCCAGGAGAAGAAGACGGGGAAGGAGACAAGGCAGAACUUGUUGGGUCAGAGAUUGGUUGCAUCAAGAUAACAGACUCCAGUUUGGUCACUGCCACAGGCUGAUGGAAAAUUUGAGGUUAUGUGAUGGGGCCUCAUUCUUCAACUUUCACUGCUAUAUGAUGUAUGACGAGGGUGGUGCAUCAUACUGACUUGAUGUGAGUGUAGUGAGAACUUACUGCAUGGUGUGGGAGUGUGGUGAGUACCGACAGAGCGUGGUGCACGCCUGGUCACCUGUGUGAUAUGUGAUAUGCACGCAGUAAGAACCAGUUGGACGUAAUGAUGAUGCAGUGGUGACCGGAUAGGUGUGCAGUAAAGGCUUGGUAGCAGCGUAGUGGUGGAUUGAUUUUGCUUUCUCAAAAUGUCCUCACCUUGUCUCGAAAAAAAAAUUCUGAGCUGCGUGUUGUCAGGACCACCUCUGGUGUGACUGCACCCUUACCUCAGCUGAGGCUACCCUGCUGUGCUGCUGAACAUGGUCCUGACAUGGACUGUCUGAAAGCAAAAGUUCAACCAUCUUGAGCCCCUUCAGUCUUUUCCCCAAGGCCUUUCAUUAUACAUAUGUAUCCUAUUUCAAAGUAUUUAUUUGAUGAGUGUUCUCAAAAUUGAUGAGGGGCAGUAGUCAGGAGACAGUUUAUUUGUAAUGACCAUGCAGGGUGUGCAGCUUUGACACUCACUCUCUCUCUCUCUCUCUCUCUCUCUCUCUCUCUCUCUCUCUCUCUCUCUCUCUCUCUCUCUCUCUCUCUCUCUCUCUCUCUCUCUCUCUCUCUCUCUCUCUCUCUCUCUCUCUCUCUCUCUCUCUCUCUCUCUCUUUCAGACCUAGCUUAUUAUGUACAAAUAUGAAUGUGUAUGAAUGGUAGAAUUGUUAUCAAAAGUUGAAUUCUUUGGAUGCCAUAGGUGAAAUUAUGUAUAUUAUUUUAUAUCUUAAAGUUUUGUUCUUCAUGAAAGAACCAAAAACUUCCUAUUCAUGUGGCUAAGAUGAACUUUGGUUCAGUGAACAGCUUAUAUGUUUGGACAGUGUGUAUCUUACAUCCAUAUUGAUAUUAUACAGUUAACAACAUUUAUCAAUGGCGAUAUUCUGGUGCUAUAUUGUACGUUGCUAUACAGUACUUCACCUUCAUGGCAGGCAUGCACUAACAAAAUUAGUGAACUUUACUAUAUGAAUUUAAUUGGUUAUCUAUCACAAUGUCUAGUACCGGUAAACAGGAUUUAUUUUAAGUUAAUGAUGCUGUGAAAACACUGUAUUUUCUCAAUAGAGACUUUUUUGUUACUACAUAUAUAAGUGAAAUGUAAGUGUUUCAGGUUGUGGCUAUAGUCUUUUUCUCACUUAACUUUCAUGUUCAUCGCCCAAGAGGCAUUCUGUUGUUGUGAAAAGUAGUAUAUAUGUUAAGUACCAGUGAUGCUGAAGUACACAUGAUUAGACUGCCCUGUGACGUGAGAUCCAGGCUCUGGCAGGUCACUGCCUUCUUCCAUAACUCCACAUAAGACACUCACUUGUUCUUCCUCAUCCAGAUGAUAAGAACUUCAGUGCACUGAGAUUGGUAAUUUAAGAAGUGCCUCAUUUCUGGGGACUGAAGUGUUCUAGUUCACUUUGCUCAAUAUUGCAUGCCACAGUGCCUUUCCUGGGAAUGUGUAGAGGGAUGAACCAUACCAAUGUGUCCUGUUUUAAAACUACUUUUAUUUUACUAGUGAAAAUUACUUCACUUUGGGCCCCAGGAAAAUAUGAAGCCAGAUAGAACAUAAGGUUUCAAGAUACUGUUGUUAAGUUAAUUGAUUACUAUUGGUUAAAAUCACCCAUCAAUGGGUCUGUGAUCUCAUGUGGGCAAUGAUGUGACCUUCUCCAGUAAUUAGGUACCAGGUGAAUGGUUUUGUAUAAUGAGGGGAAACUCUCAUAAAAGAUUUAAUGAUGAUUUUGACUUGUAUAGUCCCUGUCUGAAAGAAAGCUUUAUAUGACUUCUAGUUUAAGGGUUCCUGAAGUGACAAAGAAAAUGAAGUCUUGCAUAUGAGUUGGUCAUUACAGUAAUAUAAUGUUUGUCUACAAAGGAGAAAACAUUAUUACAUAGUUUUGUAAAUAAUAUUAGGUUUGUACAGAUACAGAUAGUACUUAUGUGAUUGGAGAUUCUUCUAAUUAAUAAAGUAUACUUAUAGUA